GACUCCGAUCUUCCACCUUCUCCUCGUCGCGUCGAUCUGAGGAAUCCUUUUCAGUAACGAAGAAAGUAACGCGUCCGACACGACGCUGGAUGUAACCAGCAGCAUUGAUAUUAUCGUCCAGUCGACUUCGAGCUUUCCUACCCUUUGACCUUCGAGUUUAAAACUUAAUGCUCCAACUAUUUCUCCCUAGCCCCGACAGAUGCAUACAUUGGUUCAACCUCCGGCAGGGGAACGUCUUCCAUUCGCGGCGCACCGGGCGUACGAAGGAGACUUCAGUUGCCUCGGAGUAACAAACGUCCCAUUGCGAGUUUGGAAUGUAAAGAAGGAUGAAGCUCUGACUCCGGAAUUGGAAUUGGAAUUGGAAUUGGAAGAGGUUCUGACGUCGGUACGACGAUCGUCUAGCACCCGUGAUGGGUUGCCAGUGAUCGUCUUGCCAAUAAAAGUACUCACCUCCAACCCUUGGUGUUUGGCGGACCGCGACUGUGAUGCGGUGUCAUUGUUCGCGGUGCUUGAGAAGGACCUCGAAGAGGAUGUAGACGAAGCGCUCGACUGAUUAUAUGCGGUCAUGUUUAUACAGACGGUCGUCGCCGAAGGUAUGAGGGUUGAAUUGGACUCCAUAGCAGCUACGGACAUCGAUCUUUUAUAUUGCUACCUCUGUGUUCGACACCUA